CUAACAUUAGUAUAUCCAUAUUCCAUAACCUUACUCUGAAAGCAGAAUAACUCGCAUUUGUUUGGCAAAUUUAGUGGAAAAUGGCGGAUAAAGCAGGUAAAGGCAUCCCAGUUUUACCUGAAACCGAAGCAGCAGCUGCCCGAGCAAAGCUAAGAAAUGCGUUAAAAGCUGAAUUUCGCAAGCAAGUAACUCAUCCCUACGUCCACAGUGAACCUGGCGUCAUCUUCGAUCCAGCAGUCCAGCGAUUCUCGUCCAUGAAGGUUUCAAAUUUUGAUUUUUUCAGAGUUACACCAAAAACUACCCAAUAUGGUCUUGUCCCGCUGGUUGGGUUAAUCCUUGGAUUUGCUUGGAUUUUUCAGUCCAAACGAAAUGAACAAGAAGCCAAGCUAAGAACAGGUCAGGUGUCCUAUGCAGACAGGAUGUUUAAGUUUAAUUAGUUCAAAUAAGCUCACACUAGUACAUAGUAAUUGCUAAAGAAGCUUAUUUGAUCUUAGUCCUGUUUAAAUUCUGUACUGCAUCUAUUGUAAUAAAUGGGAAUGAGAUGUA